AAAUAGAUACACAGCACUCAGUUUGGGAAUUCUUACAAUGGCUAGAAUUGGUCUCGAUAAAUCGGCUUUAAAAGCGGUGGAUGACUACUGGGAGUACAGAAGGAUUGUUGGUGAUGAUGAUGGUGGAAAACUUUUCACUCCAGAGCAAUAUGAGGAAUACAAGAAUAAGGUUAUUCCUCAGCGUGUGAAAAACAGGCUGUAUGUGAGCUUUGGUGUACCGGGAGGUAUUGACUGCAAACUGAUAGGCCCUGAGACCGAGUGCUUUUGUGCACAUAGGUACAAGCAACAUAAAACCGACUGGGAGGUGGUUCCUUCGGAGAGACCCCUGGAUCUACCAUGCCGAGUCAGAGGAUGUCACUGUUCUGCCUUCCAGUAUGUUCCUAGGCUUGGAUCAAACCCUGUACGCUGCAGGUGUAAGCACUUACCCCAGGAUCACAGUGAAGCUCCACACCACUUGUGCAAAAAGUGCAAUUCCUGCUCUGGUUUCCAGAGUCCCUACACCUGUGGAUGUGGCCAGGCCUGCUUUGCACACAAGACCCUGGUUGAAACAAAGCUUGAGCGGGAGGCACGGGGUCAGCCAGUUGGCAAGGACGUCCCCCAUGCUGCCAUGGGGGGACUGACAGGGUUCAGCUCCUUGUUGGAUGGUUACCUCGCUUUGGAAGCCGAUUUCCCUAAUCAAAACAGGGACGAUGGUUCCCAACAGAGAAGCUCGGCAUUGCAGAUGGACCGCACAUCUAUUGUAGGUUCUGCGUCUGCUCUCUGUAGGAAAGAGACCAAGAAACACUGA